CGCGCUUUGAGCCACGAUUUCGAGUUGCAUUCCAUCCGUUGAGCGGAGCGUAUGACGGUUGAGAAACUCAAACUCGGUGUUUGUCAUUCAUCGAUAAAGAGCGUUCGGAGUGACGUGAAUUCGAAAGAAAUUAAUUUCGAUAAUUUUGAAAUGAUUGAGUGUUGAAACGAUACGAACAAAGUCACGAGAUCGGUAUAAAAAUCGUUGUUGAUCGUAGAGAGGAAAAAGGGCUUUUUAGUGUGCUGGCAAAGGUGAGCGCGCCUGUCCCCUUCCCUCUCCAGGGUUGCCAGGUUGUGAACCAGGUGAACGCGAACUCAAAGUUUACUAACUCUCACGUACACCCGCUUUUUCUCCAUUAUUCUAACUGAAAAAAAAACAAAAUAAACAUAAAUGCUUUCUUUGAAAUUGACUCCCAAGUGAUUCCCAGAAUCGUUGAUACCGUCUCCGAAAUCGCGUAACAUUGUUGCCGAUUUUUUUUAAAAACACGUUUUAUUCCUCCGUGAUGUUUGAGCCUACGUAAAAUACGUAGGAAUAAUCGUGCAUCGGGCGAAAUACUUGUCGACUCCGCCAUCAAGUGUCUUCGUUUUAAUUUUUUUGACAUCGUUUGCAAUGGAUCGUUAUUAUUAUUAUCACUGUCGCGCGUUGAAUCGCUCGCGACUAUGGGGCAGAUCGAUCGGCUACAGUGUCACGAUCACGCGAUGAAUUUUCUACUUCGUCCCUUACAAAAACUCAAAUAGCGCAUCCUCUAUUUACCGAGGCUGAUUUUUCUUUUGAUCUACCCGUUUUUCAUGCUCCCUUUUGACUGUGAUAUUCAGUGCUCCGUGCCAAGUGUUUUUACUCACAACCGUGAAGAAUUAUCGGAUAUGAAUCGGUGGCCAAAAAUGGUAAACAAUGAAAAGAAUGCUGAGAACAAUUAAACAACAUUGGGAAACGCUCGGAUGUGAAACGUGCAAGCGAUAAACGAGUGUUUUUUUUUUCUACGAGAAGGAACGACAAAUUUUAAGUGUCGCCGAGUACAGUGGAAAAAAAAUACAUAAAGAGAGCGGUGGAUCGCGCGUCCCCCGCGACAGCUGUGGGAAUAAUAGUGCACGGAUCCUGUGGAUUUGUAACAUGGGUUUACCGAGGCAUCCAAGGGAACCAGCCGUCAGGCCCGUCACCGGUAUCCUCAACCUUGCUAGCCUCUUCCUCUUUUUCUUCGCCUCCCUCGCAACUAAUACGGGAAAUGCCAGCGCUUCCGUCACUCUCCAAGAGCCGCGAUUCAUCACUCAGCCAUCCGGAGUGAGCAAUAUCCUGAUAGAAAAUCGAACAAAAAUUCUACAAUGCAUGGCCAGAGGCUACCCACAACCAAAAUACAGAUGGUUCAAGGACGGUGUGCCAUUGAGCAACGAGCUCACUUCCGAUACUUUUUGGCGCAUUCAAAGCCCUCGUCGCAAAGACGCGGGUGUUUAUUAUUGCGUAGCUACGAACGACGUUGGAUCGAUUUUCAGCGAGAGGGUCACGUUUUCCGUGGCUUAUAUGGGAGUUUUCGAAAAUUUAACGGAUAUCGAGGUUAUUGUGCAAUCCGGAAGCGCAGCGAUAUUGGAGCUGCCGCCAAUCGAGAGUGACCCGACACCGGACGUAACGUGGUCGACGCUCGACGGUCCAAUCCCUUACGAGAUUCAAUACGCAACGAGUCAUCACAAACUUUUAAUACUCAAUGUCUCGGAAAAAGAUGCACGUCCUUACAGAGCUCGCGCCACGAAUACUCAAAUCGGCAAAGAGGAGAACAGCCCAAUUUUCAAUCUACGGGUCACCGGCGAUCCGAAUUACGAGGUUGCACCUUCGAUCAUCGUCGAGCCUCGAGAUAUGCAAAUUAUCAAAGAUCAACCAGUCACGUAUUUGGAUUGUAUCGCUAAUGCAAGAUCGCUCCACGAACUGCGAACAAUUUGGACCAAAGAUGGCAUACCAAUCGAAAACGCUCGGAUAGUUUACAGCUUCAAUGACUCUUGGAACAGGACUCUCGCCCUCAUAUCGGCCAAUCUCACUUACACCGGCGUCUACACUUGCCAGGUUGAUUUACUCGGUGGAGGUUAUCCAAGUGUUAAUGCUAGUGCCAAAAUCGAUGUCUUCGAAAAACCGACGUUCGUGAACGAACUUAAACGAGAAACUCACAGUGAUUAUGGAUCUAUGGUCAAUUUACCCUGCGAUGCUGUGGGUGUUCCAACCCCAAAAAUCAGUUGGUUCUUCAACGCCGAGCCGGUCGAUCAUCUUCUGGGCAACAAAUUGGACAUGGAAGAAGAUGGUUCACUAACGGUUAGGAGACUGACGAUGGAAUUUUCGGGAAUGUUCCAAUGUCUUGCUUCGAACGACGCGGGUGAAGCGUCGAGCUACACUUGGCUGAAAGCUAAAACGGAAGUAAACGACGUCGUGAGGAAAAGGGUGGCGCGAAGGGCAGCCGGCUACAACGUAGUCCGAGCUCGCCAAUCCGACGGCCGCUUAAAGUUCUUUCAAUAUCCGGAGACUUCCGUACCCGUUAUUGAAACCCCACCGAGCAAUAUCACUAUCCUCGAUGGCAAGGAUGCCACCAUCAACUGCCGAGCUAUCGCAGCACCGAUUCCCAACACCACUUGGAUUUAUAAUGACAACAACUUCGUCGAAAUAGCCGGACGAGUCCAAUUGCUCGAGACAGGAGAUCUUUUGAUCGCAGCAGUAAAACCAAACGACGCUGGAAAAUAUACAUGCGUACGCGCGAACGAAGCUGGCACGGUGAAUGCCUCGGCAUAUCUGACCGUCGUGGUGAGAACACAAAUAAUUCGACCUCCGACCGACACUUCUGUUCUUCUCGGACACACCGCUGAACUUCAGUGCAAAAUCUCCAACGAUCCUAGCGUACCGUACGACAUUGUAUGGCUGUAUAAUUCCCAGGUGAUUAAUACUCAGGCGAGCCAACGGGUAAAAAUGCGACACGAUGGUGCACUGGAAAUAGUAGCGGUGCGUGCUUCCGACGUUGGCGAAUAUGCGUGCUCAGUUAUUUCUCCAGGUGGAAAUGAGACGAGAACUGCUAGGCUCAGCGUAAUCGAAUUGCCGUUCGCGCCGAUAAACGUCAAAGCCGUUCGCGUUGAGUCUAUUUCGCCAAGAACGAUAAACGUCAGUUGGGUGCCUGGUUUUGACGGCAAUAGUCCUACGGAAAAAUUCAUCGUCGAAAGACGCGAAGUGCCUGAAUUGGGUCCAAUACCGGAUCCUCUGUCCAAUUGGGCAAGAGAAAACAACAAUGUCUCAGCCGAAGAGAAAUGGUGUUUGUUGAGCGAUUUGAAGGCAGCUGCGGCCUACCAAUUUCGAAUAACUGCUGUUAACAGUGUCGGAGAAGGACCACCAUCGGAUCCCAGUAAUGUCGUCGUGUUACCACAAGAACCUCCUUCCGGACCGCCUCUUGGUUUCGUUGGUUCGGCACGUUCGUCUUCUGAGAUAAUAACACAGUGGCAAUUGCCACUUGAGGAACAUCGGAACGGUCACAUAUUGGGUUACAUAUUGCGAUAUCGCUUACGCGGUUACAAUGUCAGUCCAUGGACAACCCAAAACAUAACAAACGAAGCACAAAAGAAUUAUCUUAUAUCAGAUCUGAUAACAUGGAAGGAUUACGUUGUACAAAUUGCUGCCUAUAACGACAAGGGUGUCGGGGCCUUUACGGAAGAGCUCAAAAUCAAAACGAAAGAAGGAGUUCCUGAGGCUCCGCCGACAAAUGUUCGUGUGGAAGCGAUAAACUCAACCGCCGUUAAGGUGUGGUGGAAACCACCGAAUCCUCAGAAAAUAAAUGGCAUAAAUCAGGGUUACAAGCUACAAGCUUGGACGGGUGGUAACUUCACGGAAAGCAACGAAUUCAAAUCGAUGACCGUGCCACCGAGCCUUUUCGAUCCACUCGCCGAACAGAGCGCUGUUAUAACGGGGUUAAAAAAAUUCACCUUCUAUAACAUCACAGUUCUCUGUUUCACUGAUCCCGGAGAUGGAGAACGGAGCAGUCCGAUUCAGAUUCGUACGAGCGAAGACGUUCCAGACGAAGUAGAAAAUCUUCAAUUCGACGACAUAAGCGACCGCGCUCUCACCGUAAAGUGGAAUCCUCCGAACGAGAUUAACGGGGUUUUAAUGAUGUAUCAACUCAAAUACAUGAUAAAGGACACGCCGGAUUCUUUAAGAGUAAAAAAUAUGACGCAAGACGUACUCUCGUGCAAAGUGGAAGAUUUGCAAGCAACGACCCAUUACAAAUUUGAAGUUGUCGCUUGGACUUCGGUAGGCCCAGGAAAAUCCCGGUUCGCGACCAUCCAAUCGGGAGUUGAACCAGUUUUGCCAGAGCCACCAACGAAAUUGGCACUCUCGAACAUCGACGCUUUUUCUGUCGUUUUGCAAUUUACUCCCGGAUUUGAUGGCAAUUCUUCCAUCGUUAAAUGGUCCGUGCAAGCACAAACUAAACGCAAUACGACCUGGUACAACAUCUAUGAAGUUUCCGAUCCCGAUGCUAGCACCAUCACCGUCACUGGUUUAAUUCCAUUCAUGGAAUACAAAUUACGAUUAAUUGCCAAUAACGUCGUCGGAGCGUCGAAUCCUUCCGAACCAACUAAAGAAUUCCAAACUAUUCAAGCGCCGCCUUCUCAUCCGCCCAGAAACGUUACUGUACGGGCCAUGAGCGCCACCGAACUCAGGGUUCGAUGGAUUCCAUUGCAACAAAUCGAGUGGUAUGGAAAUCCUCGUGGUUACAACGUGACGUACACGGAAGUAAGAACGAAUAUUUCAAAAAGCGUGAGCAUCGAUGAUCACACAGCAAAUUCGUACGUUCUUGAAGAAAUGAAAGAAUUUGCAUUGUACGAAAUCGUGAUGCAAGCUUAUAACGACGUUGGUUCGUCGAGGCCGAGUCCAAAGGCGAUUGAAAGAACAAGAGAAUCCGUUCCUUCCGUUGGCCCGGCCAAUGUUGAAGCAAAUGCAACUUCUUCAACCACGAUUCUUGUCAAAUGGGGCGACGUACCUGUGCAUCAUCAAAAUGGACAAAUCGAAGGGUUCAAAGUUUAUUAUGGUGCAGAUAGAUCACCGUACCAGUACAAAAACAUUCCGAAAAAUACGACUUUCACUACGACUCUCACAGAAUUACGAAAAUUUGUCCAAUAUCAUGUACAAGUUUUGGCAUACACGCGACUCGGCGACGGAGCUCUCAGCGUUCCGCCUAUUCGGGUUCAAACUUUUGAUGACACUCCGGGACCACCCUCAAAUGUCUCAUUUCCAGACGUCAGCUUUUCAACUGCCCGAAUAAUUUGGGAUACUCCGGAAGACCCGAACGGCGAGAUUUUACGUUACAAAGUAAUGUUUCACUUGAACAGCAGUCAAGAGACGCAGUUCUCGAAAGAACUAGAAGCUUCGGACAGAACUUUCACCGCGACGGGCCUGGAACCCGAAAAAUAUUAUAUGUUUUCCGUGACUGCGAGAACGAGACUCGGAUGGGGCAAAACAGCUUACGGCCUUGUUUUAACGACCAAUAAUCGGGAAAAGCCUCAACCACCGUCGUUACCACAAGUGAGCAGAUCACAAGUCCAGAGUCGCCAAAUUACGUUCAGUUGGACACCGGGUAGAGAUGGAUCCGCUCCUCUCCGUUACUACACCGUCCAACAAUCCGAAAAUUCAGGUCCCUUUCAAACAAUACCCGAACAUCUCGAUCCAUCGCUCACGUCCCACACAGUCAGCAAUUUGAAGCCAUUCACGUUCUAUCAAUUUAGGAUUCAAGCCACCAAUGAUAUUGGACCUUCGGAUUGGAGCGCCGAGUCUGCACAAGUUCAGACACUUCCAGCAGCACCGUCACGAGGAGUCAGCGGUUUAAAGGUCGUACCUAUAACAACGACGAGCGUCGAGGUUCACUGGGACAUGAUUGAGGAAAUUCACUGGAGCGGAGAUCACGAAACUGGCGGUUAUCGGGUUGUUUAUCAACCAGUUUCUGAUUUUCCAACGGCACUUCAGGCAACUCCUAAACAAGAAGUAUUUGGAAUUAAGGAAACUAAAAUGAUACUGAGCGACUUGAUGGAGGACAGAAAUUACGAAAUUGUCGUUCUACCAUUCAACUCGGAGGGUGACGGACCGCCAAGUCCGCCGGUGACGGUUUACGUUGGCGAAGCUGUGCCGACCGGUGAGCCACAGAACGUUGAGGCAAAACCGAUUUCCUCCACGGAAGUUCAUUUGAAAUGGAAACCGCCACAAGCUAAUAUGCAAAACGGGGAUCUGCUCGGUUAUAAGAUUUUUUAUCUCGUGACGGAUUCGCCUCAACCUCUAGAAAAGAAGCAGGAAGAGGAGAUUGAAGUUGUACCCGCCUCGUACCUGACUCACAGCCUUGUUUUCCUUGACAAAUAUACCGAAUACAAAAUACAAGUUUUGGCUUUUAAUCCAGCCGGUGAUGGCCCCCGAUCGCCACCUAUUACCGUUCGUACAAAACAAGAUCUUCCUGGACCUCCCUUUGAUCUUAAAUUCAAUGAGAUUACUAUGACCAGCAUGAGAGUUUCUUGGGAACCACCAAAAUUACGAAAUGGGGAAAUCGUCGGUUAUAUCGUCACUUACGAAACUGCAGAGCAAAAUGAUCGUUUUAGCAAGCAAGUUAAACAAAAAGUGACGGAAUCGAGUUUGCUCGUACAACCACUCGAGGAAGAGGUUACUUAUACGUUCAUGGUCAGAGCACAAACGAUUGAUUUUGGUCCAUCAAUAUCCGGGAAUGUGACGACCGGACCCCAGGAAGGAUCGCCAAUGGCACCAACCGAUCUAGUCGUUACUAAAACCGUUUCCAAUGUUGAUCUUCGUUGGAAAAACGGAGCUUCUGGAAAAGGGCCGCUGUUGGGAUAUUAUUUCGAAACUCGACGCAAAGCAAUGGAAGAUUGGCAGCAUCAUGAUAGUCGAUGGCAGACGAUUUUCAAAUCCAGCAAUGGUCCUUUAACCGAAUUCUCCGUUUCAUAUCAGAAUUUACUGCCUUCGACCUCUUAUCUAUUUCGGGUCAUAUCGUAUAAUCGUUAUGGCAUAAGUUACCCGAUUUAUUCCAAGGAUACGGUGCUGACGCCCUCGAAAUUGUAUCUCGAGUAUGCGUAUCUUCAGUACAGACCUUUCUACCGUCAAACAUGGUUCAUGGUCACGCUCGCCGCAUCCUCGAUAGUUAUCAUAAUAAUGGUUAUCGCAAUUUUGUGCGUCAAGAGCAAGAGUUACAAGUACAAACAAGAGGCGCAAAAAACUUUGGAAGAGUCAAUGGCUAUGGACAUUGAUGAUCGUCAAGAGUCAGAUUUAGAGCUUUACAGAUCUAGACAAACGGGGAACGGUGCCAUGAAUAUUGGAAGCGCGUGUGGAACGUUGGGGAAGAAAAAUACACUUGGCCGGAAAUCAAUGCAUCCACCACCGCCUGCGAUGCUCGGUAAAUCACCGCCAAGACCGUCACCAGCCUCGGUCGCUUAUCACAGCGACGAGGAGAGCCUGAAAGGCUACGACGAAAAUCCCGAUGAUAGCAGUGUUACAGAGAAACCAUCAGAAAUCAGCUCUACAGAUUCACAGGGUUCUGAGAGCGAAAACGAAAGUGUUCAAUCGGAUCCGCACUCGUUCGUUAAUCACUACGCAAAUGUAAAUGAUUCACUGAGACAAUCGUGGAAGCGACAAAAACCCGUGAGAAAUUAUUCCUCGUACACGGAUUCGGAACCAGAGGGAAGUGCAGUUGUGAGCCUAAACGGUGGACAAAUAAUAAUGAACAAUAUGGCGAGGUCGAGAGCUCCGCUACCGGGUUUCUCGUCGUUCGUAUGAUCGUUUAAACAAAUUAUGGCGACUUUUAUUACGUGCUAACAACUACCCUCACGUUUUUAUACAAUUAUUUUUUCCUUACAUCGACAAACGCUCAUUGCGGAAGAGGAAAAAAGUUAUAAAUACUUAAAGGCUUACAGCAUCUUCAACAAUAUUGUGAUAUAAAUCUUUGGCUACAUAUUUUAUUUAUAUAAGAACGUAAGUUCGUGGAUGAAAAAAAAGAAACGACAGGCGAUAAUAGAAAAUUACCAGUUUUCUGUUUAGUCACGUAGCUGUGCUGAUAUGCUGGACUAGAUUUUUUUUAAUAUAAAGAGCUUUACGUAGACUAUGAGACAGACGUCUCUCAUAUCACGACGAAGACUUUACGUAAUUUUUUUUCUUUUUUUUCUGAGUCUCCGCGCAUUAUCUCGGAGAGAAUACAAAAAUAAUAGUUUUUAAGGGACAUUUCACAGUCGAAUUUCAUACUUCGAAGCCCAGAAUUUGCUUCACAAUUCUUUUAUGUUUUUCCAUCUUCAAUAGACAUUUAGAAUCUUCGUUCAAAUGUUUUGUUUGAGCAAAAAAAUUCAGAGUCGAACAUUCUGAAAAAUCCUUAACUUGUAAAGAUAAUCGAGGAAUUUUCAGAAUAUAUUCGACCAAAUAACAAAUAUAUUCCAUGGAAAUUACAACUAACGUCAAUUUACAAAAUCGUCAAAGACGAUUUUGUACUAUUCUAAAUGUCUUCUGGACAACUACAAGUCGUGUCGAAAUUAAGUGUGUGGAGUAAAUUCGUUUUCUUUAGCGAUUCUUUCGAUCUUAAUGACGAAAUGUAUUUUUUUUUCUCUUUUAACAUGUGCCACCCCAAGACGAUCUCCUUAUUUAUCAUUCAAGUCCUCCGAGAUAUCACGAACAAAGUCCUAUCAUAUCGAUCUUUCUCGCUCUAAUAGCAUAAUAUCAUAAAUAUAUAUAUAUAUAUAUAUAUAUAUAUAAAAUUAUAUAAAUAAGCAUGAAAAUAUUGUAACUGUAACAAAAAGAUAGCCGCAGUCGUAGGACUCGAGAGACUGUGACAUUCGAUUUCGUUACAUGUGAUAAAGGUAUUUUUUUUUUGUAUUAAAUUACUACUCGUUAGUUUCGAACGCGUAGGUAGAUCGAUCAAUUGGAUGAAUAAUCCAUAGUAAUAUAAAAUUAUAGGGCCUUUAUUGAAACAUAAAUAAAUUAGGCACAGCUGCGAAAAAAAUCUUCAAUAGUUUUGCUUAAUAGGAAGACUGUAAAUAUGAUAAAAAACAUUAAGCAAAAAUAAAUAUGAACGAUGCAAUUUACGAGCAGCUGGUUAAGGAGAAUGAAAAGAAAAACAAGAUAAUAAUAUGUCUUUUCUUCGGAUAAAGUUAAUUUUAAAUAUCAUAAUUAAUAUUAUCUAGGACCAAUUUAAGGGUAAUAGUGAAAAAGGCUGAUAUUGUAUUACUUGAAUAUCCAAUGUUUUACAAAGACACGGAAACAAUUUUAUACACCGAUAAAAAUGUCAAAGAACAUUUAUCGAUAAUGAGCGAUUCAAUAAGUCCUACAAUUUUUCUACCAUUAUGAACGAGCAAUUCCAUCGGCUUUUUUUUACUUUAGGCAGUACUACAUAUCAGAGAUGAGCAAAAACUUAUUUCCAACAGAUCUGAACGAAUGUGCUUAAAUCCCUGCAUUAUUUUUCAAAAUCAUUUAGAAAUCGAUAAUAAAUAAUAAAACUCGUUUUUCUUCGAACGAAAUUUUUAUAUCUACACAUCUCUGAAUUAGUCUGAAACGUGGCAAUCGUUUAUAAUUAUGAAAUCUCAUUUCAUAAAGAUGCAGAUAUAAUUAUCUCGUUAAGAACACGAAAAGCAAAAUACUGUGCAGCGCUGUAAAUCAUGAGAGAUGGAUGAAACUCAAUUUCCCAAAGCGUAAAUGUAGUUGAGAAUAUUUCUAUAACUGUUGGGGGAAAAAAAAAAACUCUCAACUAGGAGUCUCAUGUGGAGUUUUCGAUGUUCAACUAGGAAAAAUUAAUAUCGAUAAAUGAAUUGAUUGUUAAUGUGAAAUGAGAUUUUGUCCAUCUCGAAGACACUUCAAAUGCAAACUUACAAGUAUUUAAAUGUAUUUGCGUAUAUACAUUACAAUAUAGUACCACGGAAGUCACAUGAGUGAUAGCCCAUAAAACACUGCCAAUCAAUCCCUUUUAGUUCAAAUUCGUUUUUUUUUUUUUUUUUUUUUUUUUUCAUCGCAUUGUUUAAAACUAGUAUAACUACGUAGGCAAUAUACGAAGCAGGAAGAGGAAAACGGUAUUCUGCAGAGUAACCAGAUCGGAGGUUGCAUUUAUACACUCAAAAUAGAAAGAGGUGUUUUUUUCGAUACACGUUAUCCAUUUAAUAAAAAUUUACGAAAUUUUAUGACAAAACGAAAA